AUGAAUGGCUACGGCGACGGUCUCCGCGGCCAAAUAAUUGAGGUCUGGGCGCACAAUCUCGAAGAGGAAGUCGACCGCAUUAUGGAUGUUGUGGAACGCUAUCCAUACAUCGCGCUGGAUACGGAGUUUCCAGGGAUUGUGUGUCGUCCGACGUCAAUGUUAAAUGCUUUGGACUACAACUACCGGAUUGUGAAGUACAAUGUGGAUUUGUUAAAAGUAAUUCAAUUGGGUUUAACAUUUGCGGAUAGCCGUGGGCGGUUGGCGGAGGGCACGUGUACGUGGCAGUUCAACUUUCGUUUCGACUUGAAACACGACAUGUACGCGCAGAACAGCAUUGACUUUCUGAAACAGAGCGGCAUCGACUUUGACGAGCAACACAAGAAGGGAAUUGAUGUGCAUGAUUUCGGCGAAUUGGUUAUGAAUAGUGGAUUAGUUAUGAACGAAGACGUCAAAUGGAUCUCAUUUCACGGCUGCUACGACUUUGGGUAUCUUGUGAAACUGCUGACUUGCGAGUCGCUGCCGGAAUCGGAAAAUGCCUUUUUCGAGCUCGUUCAGGACUUCUGUCCUUCUCUCUAUGACAUCAAAUUCCUUUUAAGAGAUCUCCCGAACUUCAACCUAAGCCAAGGGAGCAGCUUGCAGAAAGUGAGCGAACAGCUGAACGUCAAACGUAUCGGACCCCAACACCAGGCCGGCAGCGACAGUCUUGUCACUUGCUGCACUUUUUUUAAUCUUGUGGAAUCUUAUUUUGAUGGAAAGAUCGAUGAAGCCAAGUUCUCAGGUGUUAUCUACGGCCUUGGUGCAACGGCCCAUAAGCGACACAGGGGCCCUCCCGGGGCUCUCACCAAGGCCUUUUCCGUAGACCUAGGUGGGCCCGUACAUACUAGCGACCUGAAACAACAAGACGGCAACAACGGCGAAAUCAUGCUGGGGGGUCCUGGCUCGAUGGGCCGUUACGUCAGUGCGGGGCCCGGCGGGCGCUUGGGAGCGCAUCCGCAACAGCAACAGCAACAGCAGCAGCAGCAGCAGCAGCAGCAGCAGCAGCAGCAGCAGCAGCAGCAGCAGGGACCUUGGGGGUCUAUUGGCCGUGUAGGAAGUGGGGUGAUGGGAAUGCGGCAGCAGCAGCAGCAACAACAGCACUCGCAAGCGCUGCUGGGAAUUCCUGCAGCCGCAGCCGACACCAACACAGAUCGCCUGAGAGGGGGGGCCCCAGGAGGCCCCCACUCGGGCAUGAUCCCAGGUAAUGGGGCCCCAAGGGGAUUCGGUUCAGAGCUCCAUCGCACAGGCAGCGCACCUCCCGCUCCUUUGCUUUGCGGCAGCAGCGACGGCCGCGUCUGGCCCGCCAGCGGCAGCAUUACAGUGGGGGGGAGGCAUGCAAAUGGGGAGCAGCAGCAGCGGGUUGCUGUGGGAGCCCCUGCUGCAGGCGCUUUCGUUUUUGAAGGCACAGGAGGGGCCGCAGGGGCCCCCAGGAGGCCUUGA